UUUAAGUCAUGAUUUAGAGAUAAGACUUAUUAUUAAUGUUACAUAAUCAUUAUCUAAUUUACAAUAGUUGAAUAUCUUUGUUGGAAUAGAUAAAAUGAAAUCAAUUUUUAUAUUGUCUGCUCUUUUUGCAGUUGCAUGUUGUCAGCAGAACUGGAAUGGCGGACAAAUGGAUUGGUACUGUGGUAUACUGUUUAAUGAAGACUGUCAGCAUCAUAACUUACAUGAGAAAUGUGGCACUGACGGCAUCACAUACAGAAAUAUGUGUGACCUUGGCAAAGCACACUGUAGGAAUAAUGUAACCAACCAGUUGCACGAUGGUCCAUGUGCACUAGGGCCAACUUCCACUACACGAAGACCCAGAAGAAGUUCUCUCCACGGAAGCGAAAUAGUCUUAGAUUUUCAGUGUGUUUUGCUCAGCCAUAGAGAUUGUCAACCGGCAUACAAUGAAAAGCUUUGCGGUACUGACGGCAGAACAUACCGCAAUUUUUGCGAAUACGAAAAGGCGAGAUGUACACACAGAGAUCUUCACGUUGCAAAAUUUGGAGACUGCAAUGCUUAAUUCUAAAAUGCAUAUUGUAUAGUUUUAGACAUUCAAUAUAGAUCAAAGAAAUGCUAA